CUCUUGGCUGUUGGGUCUUUGCAGAGGGACAGUCCAAGUAUAAAUACAUAAUUCUGAGGCUAAUCCAUGUGAGUCUACCUGAGCAGUUGUGCUUCCAGGCUGUGUGUGUGCAAAAUCCACCGGUGUUGUGUUCUUUAUUUGGAUGUGCAUUAAUUAGCCCGGACAUACCCGGAUUGAGGUAUCAUUAAGGCUUGUUCUGUUGUUGUGGCCGUUCAAGUUGUCAGCAUUUUUUUGUAAACAUCACUGUAUGUCCGCCCGUCAAAACAGCUCGAAACUAUAAUUUUGUGUCAUAUCACCCACUUCAAGCCAACAAGAAACCCAUCUGCCAACUGCAAGAACCCAGCCAAGCAGGACUCAGGACGAACGAGAUUGUGGAUCACCAUAGAAGAGAAGAAGAAGAAGAGCAAGUGUUUACGAAUAAGAUACAGCCUGCCUAAUAAUCAUCAACCGACUACAUAUUUAUCUCGAUGGGUCCAGAAGUAAUCGACUAUGAGUCACCCAGUUCCACAUUCGCCCUUGCAUUUUCUCCCUUGGGCUCUUCCUCCAAUUCGAAAUCACAUGCGAAUCAACUACCUGACCUGAAGCUUGCGGUGGGGACGGCGAUGGAAUCGUAUUCUAGUAAUCAUGUGACGAUCGUCGGACUCAGCGGGAGCAGCUCAAAUUGCUACGAUCCAUACGAUGAUCCGAUGAACUCAUUCACCAACUCCACACAUCCUCAGUUACACCCUCUGGCCACCGCACCCCAUCCCUAUCCUCCUACCGCUCUGGCCUUCUCACCGAUCCGAUUGAGCGAAAGUCUCCAAGCUAGUAGUAGCUCCGGUCAGAUGGUCCGGACACGCGAAAUGCUGGCAACUAGUUCCGAGUGUAUUCGACUCUGGGAUUUCGCUCAAGGAGUCGCUGAGGACGAUCGUACAUCGGGUUUCGUUAGCGAGAGUCGUAGGCUGGGAUUGAGUCAGAAGGGAACCUCAUACCAGCUGGUGCCUCGGAGUCAGAUGGCCAAUAGUAAAGCCGAUUAUUCCGCACCCCUAACCUCAUUCUCAUGGUCGCAACUGGAUCCAUCACUAAUCGUGACAUCCUCAAUCGACACCACAUGUACGGUCUGGGACAUCUCUUCGAAUUCCGCGAUCACCCAACUGAUUGCACACGAUCGAGAGGUAUAUGAUGUAUGUUGGUCGAGUGCAUCUCGGGAGAUCUUUGCCUCGGUUGGUGCGGACGGGAGUGUGCGGAUGUUCGACUUACGAAGCUUAGACCAUUCGACGAUCCUCUACGAGGCCCAGGGCGGGCCCUUCCAGGCUGGCCGCAACGGGGCAGCUCCAACGCCGAUCUCGCCCGCCGGACCCGGCGCUGCAGCGCCCCUCCUCCGUCUGAAAUUCAAUCCCGUCGAUCCCAAUUACAUCGCCGUCUGCUCUGCCGUGGGUGCUGAUGUUCAGCUGCUUGACGUUCGCGCUCCUGGGGUCCCGAUCGUCGAGCUUAGGGCCCACCAGGCUACGGUAAAUGGCGUAGCCUGGAGCGGAGAUGGAAAUGUUCUUGGCACAUGUGGUGAUGACUGCCAAGUACUAAUAUGGGACCUAUCGGGAGUCCCAUCACUGGGCGGAGGACCGCCCCCACCCCAACCAAACACACGAACAACAACCGCUCACACAAAGACGCUGAGAGAUCCGAUCUUGGCUUACACUGCCCCUCAGGAAGUUAAUGCGCUAACAUGGUCUGAGGCUAAUCGGGAUUGGGUGGCUAUUGGGCUGGGAAGAAGAGUUAGAUGUCUUAAAGUGUAACAAAAAUAAAUCGAGAGAAACAAAACAAUUAAAGAUUAUCAAUCUAUCAAUCGAUACCUGUAUCACAACUCAACCCCAGUCAAAUCAUUAGUACAACUCUUCUCUCUCUCUCUCUCUGUUUCUCUCCUAUACAUACUUUUCUUUUUUCUUUUUUCUAUUUGUUGAGGGGGUCUCAUUUUUAUUUAUUUAUUUUGAUUUCGGUCAUUGACAAAAAAAUCAUGUAUAUAUGCCUGUCUCAAUUGUGUACAUUUCCAUUUUUUUUUCUUAAAUUAUUUCUCUGAUUAAUCUUUUGCAUUCAAAACCUAAACACAACAAAAUCCGAAAGAACAUUUCGAUCAAACUCGGUCAACUUUCUACAAAUCUAGACUGGUCCUCAU